AGUGAUAGUUCACUGGGACUGCAACUAUUUUGUUGUUAUGGCGUCUCAUUCGAGCCGAUCAAGUUCUGGAUGGCCAAAAUCCAAUAGUCAAACUAAUCAAUAUUCUGGGAAAUACAUGUCGGGCAAUAAUACGGCAUUAAGCGCAACUUUGAAUAGAUCCAUUAGCUUAUAUCCCUUGACUAACUAUACAUUUGGCACAAAAGAGCCUCUUUAUGAACGUGACAGCUCUGUACCUGCUCGUUUCCAGCGCAUGCGGGAAGAGUUUGAAAAAAUUGGUAUGCGCAGAUCAGCAGAAGGGGUUUUAUUAGUACAUGAACAUGGGUUGCCACAUGUUCUUCUCUUGCAGUUGGGUACAACUUUCUUCAAACUCCCUGGUGGUGAGUUGGAAGCCGGGGAAGAUGAAUUGGAAGGACUCAAACGACUCAUGACCGAGACCUUGGGACGCCAGGAUGGUGUCACCCAAGAAUGGGUUAUUGAGGACACUGUGGGUAACUGGUGGAGACCAAAUUUUGAACCUCCUCAAUAUCCUUAUGUUCCACCUCAUAUUACAAAACCAAAGGAGCAUAAAAAGCUUUACUUGGUGCAACUGCCAGAGAAAGCUCUCUUUGCUGUACCCAAGAACUACAAACUUGUAGCCGCUCCUCUAUUUGAACUUUACGAUAAUGCUCAGGGUUAUGGUCCAAUCAUUUCCAGUUUGCCACAGGCUCUUAGUAGGUUCAACUUCGUGUUUGUAACAUGAUGUGGUUUUUAAACAUUGAUGACUUCCUUUCCUUGUACAUAAUUUUUCAAUAAAUGUCUCCUGCUCAGUGUGAA